AGGGGACAGGUGAAGCGGCUCAGAGCGGAGGAUGGACAGACGCGAGUUCGUCGCGUCCCUGACGGCAGGAGGUUGUGCCGGGAUGUGUGUUGACCUAAUCCUGUACCCUCUGGACACCAUUAAAACUCGUCUGCAGAGUCAACAGGGCUUCUUCAGAGCUGGAGGCUUCAGGAAAAUCUACGCUGGAGUCCCAAGUGCUGCUAUUGGCUCCUUCCCCAACGCCGCGGCGUUCUUUGUCACCUACGAAUGCUCAAAGUCCCUGCUGGGGUCUGCUGGACUGCUAUCGGCCCCCCACAUGGCACCUGUCACUCACAUGUUUGCCGCAUCACUCGGGGAAGUUGUGGCCUGUCUGAUCCGUGUACCGGCUGAGGUGGUAAAGCAAAGGACCCAGGCCUCCCCAGGAUCUUCCACCUACCACAUGCUGCUGUCUACACUGCAACAAGAGGGUAUCAGAGGCUUGUACAGAGGAUACGGGAGCACUGUUCUUAGAGAGAUUCCAUUCUCUCUGGUGCAGUUUCCUCUUUGGGAAUAUUUAAAGACGCUGUGGACGCAGAGGCAAGGUCACACGCUCUCCGCUUGGCAGUCGGCUGUGUGCGGAGCUGUUGCAGGCGCCGCAGCAGCAUUCGUUACCACUCCGCUGGAUGUGGCCAAGACCCGGAUUAUGCUCGCUAAGCCCGGGUCGACCGCAGCGAGCGGCAACAUCUCCCUGGUGCUCUACGAAGUGUGGAGGAGUCGAGGCUUUUCUGGCCUGUUUGCGGGUACUGUCCCCAGAGUGACCCUCAUCAGCACGGGCGGUUUCAUCUUCCUGGGAGCUUAUGACAAGGUGCGGCGCUCUAUAUUGUCUCAGGCCUCCUGACUGGACUCUUUGUUUGGACAUUACCUGUGCGUGGUGGCCCUCCAUGUUCUCCAAAGAUCUUCCAAUGUAGAAGAAAGACACAGUGCCAACCCACAGAGACUAGUCACUUCCACACAGACUCUUAUCACAUUACUUGGGGGUCCUGCAUUCCAGCUCGCAUUGAUUUUAACAAGCUGCCAUCUUGUGUGUCUUUUACACAUAUCUCUGCCCCACCCUGUCACAUGAGACUACCACAAGCGUCCUUCUGUCCUCCAGCUGUGAAUUACAAUCCGAUAUUAAAGAUGGUCUCUUUUUAUGAUCCAUUUGAGGUUUGCUGGUGUCUUCGGUUCCCGUGAGGGGCCCAAACUGCUCCCCCAUGCUUCCUGUGUGUCAUCAUUUUUAGUGUUUGAUCCCCUAGGCCAGCUCUGCUCACUCAUAUAAGCCAAGCCACCUGUGUCUGAGAGUCACAGGAGAGGGAGGGGGUUUAAUAUCGCUUCAUUCCCACUGGAGCACAGCUGAGCUCAUCCACCUGCAGGAGUGCUAAUUCAACCUUCAGACGCCUUACGCUAGUCCUCAAGGAUUUUGGUCUUAGUUAUUCAUAGUUUAUUAAAU